AUGCCUUCCGCGGUCCCUACCUCCACGAACCACCCUUCGGCCGAGCCCGUGCCGACUCAUCCUGACCGGAUUCGCGUCAAUCGCAGCACCAAAGCCUUUGGCAGCGGUGCUUACUCCCUCAUUGAUCUCCCCGCCGGUGCAGUCUUUGCCCCCAUCACCGGAACGACUCCCGGCGUCAAAGCCUACACUUCCGUCCAGACCGGGCCCGACUCCCACAUCGAGCUGAACUCGGACCUCGUCUUCUGCAACCACUCGUGCGACCCGUCGUUGGUCUUCGACAUGAGUCGGAUGGAGGUCCGCGUGGUGGACGAUAAGCCGCUGCAAGCCGGGGACGCUCUCACUUUCUUCUAUCCCAGCACCGAGUGGGAGAUGGACCAGCCGUUCCAGUGUACCUGCGGGGCAAGUGAGUGUCGUGGGUGGAUCUCCGGGGCGAAGACCAUGUCCGCGGAGGAAUUGGACGGAUAUUGGCUCAAUGGAUUCAUUGUGGAAUUAUUGAAUGAGCGCAAGAGAGAUUGA